AUGGCAGCCUAUGCAGCUCUACUUUCUCUCAAGUAUAUCAUCCAACAGAUUCAGCUUCAUCCUCGCCCUCCAAUUUCUUUUGAUCAAAACCAGGUUGAUUCUCUCACCAAAAGCCUCAAUUUCUUGCAAGAUUUUCUUGAAGGUUAUUCGUACGGCAGCAGCAGCAUCAGCAGGGAAGCAGUAGAUGUUUUGGAAAGUCGUAUUAAAAAUGCAGCUCUUGCGGGAGAAGAUCUAAUCGAAACCCGAGUUGUCGAUCAAAUUCACGGUGGAUCGACUGCUCAUGGCAAAAAAAUCAGUUCCAGUGACUUCCAUCAAGAUCUGGAGAUGGUAAUCCAAGACAUGGGUUUCAUCAAGAAAGAUGUGAUGGAGAUUAAAGAGAAUCAUAUUGGAAUUGAAGAUCACCUGCUCAGAAAGUCAUCGACACUUGGUGGUGCCGGUGCAUCAAGCUCACCUUCGACGAGGCAGAACGCCAUGGUUGGUUUUGAUCAUCUCUUAAAUGUAGUCAUGGAUAAGCUCACUGGAGGACAAUCCAAUCUCCGCAUAAUCUCGAUUGUUGGUAUGGGCGGCAUUGGUAAGACUACUCUUGCUAAAAAUGCUUACCUUAAGUUUAUGAAGCACUUUGAUAUUCAAGCUUGGGUUACAAUAUCUCAAAAUUACAGCGUGAGACAAAUUCUUAUAGAAAUUCUUCUUUGUAUUAGCAAAGAAGAGAGCCCGGAAAGCUUGAGUGCGAAGAGCGAAGGUGAAUUAGGUGAAAGAGUACACAAAACUUUAUGGAAGAGGAGAUAUUUGAUUGUAAUGGAUGAUAUUUGGAGUAUUGAUGUAUGGGAUAAAGUGCAAAUCUUCUUUCCGGACAAUGGUCAAGGAAGUAGAGUAAUGAUAACCACUAGGCUGUCGAACGUUGCUUCGAUUGGCUCUUAUGGCAUUGUGAUGGGUUUUUUAAAUGAGGAUAAGAGUUGGGAUCUACUGUGCAGAUCUGUAUUUAAAGAAGAAAAAGAUUGCCCUCCUGAAUUGGUGGAAAUAGGAAAGAAGAUUGCCAAAAAUUGCGAAGGACUUCCUUUGUCAAUAGUUGUGAUUGGAGGACACCUAGCGAAGUCUGAGCGCACAAAAGAACAUUGGGAAUAUAUUUCAGAAAACACAAACACAAUUGUAAAUUCGGAAGACAACGAGCGUUGCUUAAAAGCAUUACAAUUGAGUUAUAACCAUUUGCCGGUACAUCUAAAGCCAUGUUUUCUUUAUAUGGGAGUUUUUCCGGAGGGCAACAUGAUCCGUGUCUCGUGGCUCGUAAAACUAUGGGUUUCUGAGGGAUUUGUGAAACCAAUUAACUGCAAAAGCUUGGAAGUGGUUUCGAGAGAGUACUUGCAGGAGCUCUGUGAUAGAAACCUGAUUUUAGUUCAUAAAAGGGGGUCUAAUGGAAAUAUAAAAUAUUGCAAAAUCCAUGAUCUCUUGAGGGAUUUAUGCUUGAGAGAAGCUGAGAGAGAGAAGUUCCUUUAUGUCAGAAGACCGCAUGAACUUACCAUUCCACAGGUCAUAAAUACCCAAUGCCGCAUUGGUAUUCAUCAAAGCAUGUCGGAGAAGGAUCCAAUCCUUCAUACAUUGCAAGAUGUGCCUCUUGUUCGUUCUUUGAUUUGCAAUUUUGAAGAACGUUUACCAUUACUUGAUUUUAGGUUGUUGAGGGUGCUGAAAGCCGAUGAUAAAAAUUCAUAUUUCGAUAACAACAGACCAUACAAAUAUUCCGUAGAAGUUGUUUUUCGGCUAGUUAACCUGAGGUUCAUUGCUAUCCGAUCUGAUGUGCCUAAAAAUUCCGGAUUUCCUUCUUUAGUCAAUCUCCUUUGGAAUCUACAGACUUUAAUCGUAAAUGGUAUCUUUGGCGUUGUUGCACCAUGUGAAAUUUGGAACAUGACUCAACUUAAGCAUGUUCAUUUCUUUCAACUUAAGCUGCCUGAUCCUCCUAUCGGUGGGAAAGGCAACGAGUUUGUUUUGGAGAACCUACAAACGCUCACUCAUAUAAGAAAUUUCAAAUGUGGAGAAGAGGUGGUCAAGAGAAUCCCCAAUAUCAAUAAAUUACAAAUAUCUUACUUUGAGGAACCUCAGGGAUUUUUGAGUUACUCUCUCGACAAUCUUGGCCAGCUACAUAAACUCGAGUCCUUGCGUUUAUCAAUUUAUUCCGAAAAUAAGCAUUUGCUGCAGAAUUUCAUCCUCCCCAAUUCCCUCAAGAAGUUGACUUUGAUGGGGACCUGUCUCAAAUGGGAAGACAUGAAGACAAAGAUAUGUUUGUUACCCAAUCUUCAAGUCCUCAAACUGAAGGAAUAUUCUUUUGUGGGGACCGAGUGGGAAACAGUUGAAGGGCAAUUCUGCAACCUUAGAUACUUGCUAAUCAGAAGUUGCCGUGACCUGGAAUGGUGGACGACAGAUAGCUCCCACUUUCCACGCCUCGAGCAUCUUCAUCUUCGCUACUUGCAUAAGUUGAAAGAGAUCCCUUCAUGUAUUGGAGAAAUAUCAACGCUUCAAUCGAUUGAGUUGAUUUCGUGUAGCAAGUUAGCUGUCAUUUCUGCUAAACAAAUAUUGAAGGAACAAGAGGAUUUUGGCAAUGAAGACUUUCGAGUUCAAGUCUUCGACACGAUGAGCCUUGGUGAAACUUGGUGA